AUGGGGAUACUCUAUUCAGAGCCCAUUUGUCAGGCAGCUUAUAAUAACAAUUUCAAUGAAGUUCAGCUUCUUUUGGAGCACAACGGCAACUAUCUGAACAUCCAGGACAGUUUCAGUGGAGACACCCCUUUAAUUUGUGCGUGCAAAAAGGGAAACAACAGGAUCGUUAGCUAUCUUCUAAAAAAAAAUGCUGAUGUCAACAUCAGAAACGAGAAAGACCGCACAUGUCUGCAUUACGCUGUGAGAAAACGCUUUACCUUCCUUGACUAUGUGCUCAUCAUAAUCCUCAUGCCAGUUAUGCUUCUUGGAUAUCUUCUCAUGAUUUCAAAGACUAAACAGAAUGAAAACCUGGUCAAGAUGUUGCUUAGAGCUGGAGUGGAUGUUAAUGCUACAGACUUUUCUGGCAGCACAGCCCUUCACUAUGCUUGCAAAAUGAAAAACCAGGCAGUCAUUCCUCUACUGCUUGGAGCUCGUGCAAACACUUCUGUAAAGAAUCAGGAUGGGGAGACUCCCUUAGAUAUAGCAAGAAAAUUGCAGUUCCACAACAUUGAGAGCAUGCUAAGGAAAGCUUCCUAG